AUGGUUUUCAGGGGCGUGGACUGCGAGCCGGUGCUGGCGACCGUCUACUACGAGGCCAAGUGCCCCUACUCUCGCGACUUCGUGGUCCAGCAGCUGCUGCCCGCCGUCCUGAGGGACCCGGAGCUGGUCCGGCCGGUGCUCGUGCCUUUCGGGAAGGCCAACGUAACUGCGACCCCGGAGGGCUACGACUUCACGUGCCAGCACGGACCAACCGAGUGCCUGGGGAACCGGCUGCACGCCUGCGGCAUCGCCCUGGCCUCCAGCCGCACGCUGCAGGUGUCGUACGCCGCCUGCCUCAUCAGUAACUACACCGACGUCCAGGCCGCCGCCCAAGAGUGUGCUGACGAGUUGGGCCUGCCGUUCUCAACCAUUUCCGAGUGCGCAAACGGUACAGCUGGUAGCGAACUGAUGAGGGCGUAUGGGAACACCACGAAAGACCUGAGUCCUCCGCUGACAAGUGUCCCGACAGUCACACUGAACGGGAACAGAGGCAACCAGACGGCCAUCUUGUAUGACUUCUGGGAAGAAGUUGUUAAGCUCUCCGAAGAAACGGGUUAUUUUUCAGUACAAUAUUCAUCACUUUUAGAUUCAAAGUUACUAGCAUUGCCAGUUUGUUGA